AUGGUCGAAAGUGGUGUCCCCCAGGGUUCAGUACUGGGACCCAUUUUGUUCCUUAUCUACGUGGACGAUGCCGCAAGAGAUUUAGACUGUGAAGUAGCAAUGUUUGCGGAUGACAUGAAGAUAUGGAGUUUAAUUCGGGGUCCUGCCGAUGAAGACAGACUGCAGAUGAACCUGAAUCGGUUGGAGGAGUGGUCAAACCGCUGGCUCCUGCGGUUCAACGUUGCCAAAUGUAGCAUACUUCGCCUAGGCAACACAGCCAGAUCCGCCAGCACAAGAGGCUACUUUCUGGGCGGUGUAGCCCUACAAGAGGUCGAAGCCCAAAAGGACCUCGGUGUGCUUACGACGAGUUCCCUAAAACCAUCCGCCCACUGUUCGAGGGUGGCAAAAACCGCAAUGUCCGUACUGUACGCCAUCAAGCGUGCGUUUAUGGACUUUGACAAAGAAGCCUUCUCCAUCCGCCCACUGUUCGAGGGUGGCAAAAACCGCAAUGUCCGUACUGUACGCCAUCAAGCGUGCGUUUAUGGACUUUGACGAAGAAGCCUUCUCUAAGACAUUCGGAACAUUCGUCCGGCCGCAUUUAGAGUACGGCAUACAAGCUUGGAGGCCGUGGGGUGAUGUGGAUUAAAACUGCCUCGAAAGAGUCCAGAGGAGAGCCACGAAGAUGGUCAGGGGUCAAAGCUCCUUUCCUUAUGCGACCCGCCUAGUAAAUCUGAACCUCUUUCCUUUGAGUUACAGGCAACUUCGCGGAGAUCUCUUGCAAGCCUUCCGCAUUGUAAAGGGGUUGGAUUGCAGUCUGGCCUUCGAGGACUUUUUUGAAUUUGCUACCACGACCAACCUCCGAGGUCACCCGUUAAAGCUGCGCACUCAGCAGGCACGGCUGGAUGUGCGGAAGUUCUCCUUCUCGGUUCGGGUGGUCAAACCGUGGAAUGAGCUUCCCGCAGAUGUUGUGAUGUCACCAUCUAUACAAAGUUUUAAGAAGAAUCUGGACAUAUUUAUGUUCCGAAAUGACCAAGAGCGAUGAGAAGUCGAGCUCACCCCCUGUAACUCCUUCUCAUUUUGUCCCACCAUUAUGGGCGUGUUCGAACUAUUUCAGCCCAGAACAUCUAUCUGUACACCACACAUUUUUUACGUUGCAAAUAGGGUACUCAAAGGCUUACGCCUAUUUCCCUCAAUAAACUGAACUGAACUGAACUGAACUGAAGUCGACCACUACUCCUAUAAUUUCACAUUAACAAGAACAAUAUGAUACAUGAUUCAAUAGUAUUUUGACCGUUUUGAUUGUGACUUACCAUUGAAUGCUUCUUACUCCUGAUAUAUAUUCAUCUUUUCCAGCUCUUAGUCCAGACAACGAUGGUAAGCCUCCUGAAAAAUACGUAGGAACUGUGCGACCGCCCCCUUACAGCUGGCCAGAUAGACUGACAACCAGCAACUAGAGCAAACCGAAAUUUACCCAACAGGAAAAUAAUUUCAAGGUCAGGCCGAUAUCAAAGUUCUUCAAAUGCCAUGAAGGAGAUAUUUUUCAUGCCCCCGAAAACUACCAAACUGCAAACUUCAAUUUUUAUAUUGUACAUAUCGUUAUUUUUUGAAAAUUUUGUUAUUAUUUUCCCUUAGAACUGAGGUUUUUUUUAACUUAAAACAAACUCUCAAUUCGCGCUCUUUUGGCUAACCAGACACCCGAAGCAAAUGAAGUCAAAGUGCAGUUGAAAUUGACGAGUUUGUUUUAGGUUUUUUUCCUGAGUUCAAAGGGGACUGACAGUGCCCAAGGGGCGCUACAAUAAACCUAUUCUAUUCUAUCCGCGGCUCCGAACGUGGGAAGAGCCACGGUUGUAAGGUGCGCCAGGUCCACCACAAGUUGAUUCGGAAUUUCAUCGUGUCUCAGACGUUGUUCGUGCAAUUGUUCGACGGGACCUCCGACUGAUAAGGUUUGUCCAGAUAUAAUUGCCAGACAAUGGCAUAGUGUGUUGAGGGUAAUUCGUCGUCUAGCCGCACAUCAAGUGCCUUAGUGAGUUGUUUAUGCGUGAGGGUCUUGAGUAUUGUGCGUGACUUAUCCACCACUGAGACUUCCUGGAGGUAAAAUUUUGCUCUUCGGAGCCAUACUGAGAAAGCUUCUGUGCCGUCGUACUAUGGUACUUCGACGGAGCGCAGUGUGGUUGCAUUAUUCCCGGAUAUCUGUGGGGCUGUGGGCACCGUCGUUGAGCUGCCAUUUCUGUAGUGAGCGGAGCGUUCUGUCGCUCUGUCGGAAGGGUCAGCUGUGGGUCAAAGUCUGUCGUCUUAAUGGAGCCAGGCGGUGAAAGGGUUCGUUUCUUCAUUUCUGAACGGUUAGUUUUUGAUCUCGGCAUCAGACGAGCAAACAGUAUCCCAAACGGGCGGACAUAUCUUAGGUAAUUAAAGGAGGCCUUAAUUGUAGGCGGUAUAUUAGGAAUUAGGUGGAAAUGGAGGGAAACAAGAUUCGUCAAUGAGCGCACACGUAUUAGGAGGGUCAGAAGGGAGGAGAAACGCUCGCCGAUUAAGGUUGAAGUUCAGGGGUACGAUAUCCACUGGAUUCCUGCUCUGUGUCUGAGCACAAUUCACCGUCCUAGGCUUUAAACAUCGAAAAAGAAAAAGCAAGCUCGUCUUCAGUCCCUUUUCCCGAUUGCCCUUUUUCAGUCCCCUUAAAACACACCUGCCUUUCCGGGUCUCACUCACUGUGUUUCUGUGCAAUUUCCGCCGGUGUAGGGUGAGGUCACGUGUUUUGCAGGUUUUUUCAGCCUCAACGCGUUGUAUUAGUCUACCCGCCCAUACCCUGGUUUAGGGUUCACGUUUACAGUUUUUCCCAACGGCUUCGCCCUACAGCCAAGUUUAUUUCAUACGGAAUAAACAUUUCAAGUAAAAUUAUAAAUUAGAUCCCUAGUAUAUUAGGGAGCAAACGUACUUAGAAAAGGAAGGGCGUAGGUUUGUACAUCCGUUGGCACCUGAAAUGUCAGCUGUGCAGACCUUUGCGCUUGAAGAAUUCGUAGGAUAAAGGAAGUAAUCUGUAGCGUUAAUGGACUCGCAUAUACUAUCAGAACACAUCCUGCGCUGUCAUGCAGAAUGUUCUUCACGCCUACUAUCUUCCCACUGAGACUAAUGCGCCCACUAGCUACUGAUGUGUCCACUCUGAAUCGUGCUCCGAGCAUACAAUUAAAUUGCCCUCACACCUCAACCCCUCCGGAAACGUGACCAAGUUGUGCUUACACGGAAGCCUUACUUGUCGGCCACUGCGUGCGCAGCCUCCUUUCAUGUCCAUUUCACUGAGUCGCCUAGCUAUUUGCUGCAAAGGCCUAGAUGGACUUCGCAAUAGCUUUUUCAAUCGACUGAGGUAACGCUCGAAGGGGAAGGAAGGGAAGCAGUCCAAGGCUCCAUGACGUUCAAUGUCAUCAUCGAUAUGCAUGAUGCCGUGCACAUUGUAGACUAUGUUUUCCUACCCAUAAAACACUGCGAACUUACAUUUAAAAAGCUUCAAUAAUUGUCUGCUGUAGUCCCCAUUUACCAUGCAACUGUACGAUUUGGCCAGCAAUGAUGGCCGGGAAUAGAAGAAAGAGUGUCCGUCAGGACAGCUAUCCCGGUAUAUGACAAAAACUGUCUGUACUCUCUACCCUUCCACGAGUUUAAAUCCCUGAAACUUACACACCUCUGAGAAAACUCCGCCGGUAUAAACGAGUUUAAACUUCAUAGAUUACGAUUAAUUAGUUUAACUUGGCGUGUCCUUAGUGUGCGCAAUUUCCUUUGGUCAUUCACCUUAGACCAGUAACCUUUCACACACAAACGAACCAGCUUCUCACCACGCCUAGAUAGACAAGAUGAAGUGGGUUGAGAGGAGAAUCCGACAUUAUACUUAGAUUAAAACGGAUAAAAGGCGACGAUCAGACCACAAACUGAUUACGCACCCGACCUACAAAGUCCGCCUUUCUGCCUUCGCGCCCUCCGCAAGGUAGACUACUUUUCCUUCGUAUGUUCCGACUACUGUGCAGCAUUCGCAGCCUUCAUAGGCAUGAACAUUUUUGACUUGUAUUCCGAAGGCCGGCUUGGGUGCAUCGCAAAUAACGCUGGCGAUACGGACAUAGAUACGUCCUGUGGGAAUACGACAUUGUAGGUCGUGUUCUUGAGGGACGAUCAUUUUGUCUGUCAGCUCCCUACAGGGCUUACCGUCCCUACAAUAUAUGGUAACUGGAAAGAUGAAGCCGACAAACGGCUUUACGAUGCGACCUAAAAUCGACCACAGUUAUGUUUUCGUCUUACAAUAUGGAGGUAAAUUAUCUGUGGCAAAAUUCACCACUACCUCCUCAUCGUCGGCGAUGACAUACUCUCCUCCUAUUAACCGGCGCAGUUGCUUCUGCAGUCCAAAGUGAACGUACUCACCACUACCCAUGGGGCCACUUACAGGGCAUGCGAUGCCCCCAAAAAGCCCCCUGGGAUCUGCGUGCAUCUCUGGAAGAAGUAGCCUACGUAUGUCCAGGUUGCGGAGAUGACUGUGCGCUAAAUUGGACUUCAGAGCCCAUUCACGCUCUCUAUUCCGAAUGCGUACAUGCGUUGGCAAGUCGUCAUUAUAGCUGACGUUGUGAACGCUGGGAACGGUUUCUGCGCAUGCGACAGUGCCCGCAAACGAUUUCUACAGGCUCAUGCGUCCACUGUUGCUGGAAUCUAAGUUCAGUAAACAGUUAGAUGAUGACUUCGUGUAGGAGUCUUCCGUUCGAGGACUUUUCCUACUCGGAAUGAAUGAGUCUACCCCGUUGUCUAUUUAUAUAGCCAUUUCCUCGAUAUCUUUCUUCAUACGCUGUCUGCAUGAUCGCUCACUCUCGUGUCUAAACAUUUUAAACAUAAAAAUCACAGGUUACAUGAAAUUCAAAAGGUAUGUAACAAUCGAGCAAUGUAGAUCACACGCCUCACACUGCACGCCUGCGUGAACAAAUUCCUCUCGCUGUUCCUUCUUUUCGCAGAAUAUAAUCAGACGCAGGUCACUCAUUUGUUCUCUAGAUCUUUUGGAGCAUGCUGCAAAGGUACUCUAAGGGAGUCAGUUUACUUAAACGAUGCACUCGAUGUAUCGUCACAUUUACCGAGCAUCUCCUCAUUCUACACCACAAAGAGGCAGGAGAUUGUGUUUUCGAAAUUUAUUUUGAAUUUAUCUUCGCCUUCCGCUAGUUCACGUGGCUUAGAAUGCCUAGAGUCCCAACCUAAUAGAAGAGAACCCUAGUCAACCCGUACGUACGGAAAGUUGUACUUGGAUGUGUGCGAAUGGUUGCCAGUUACCCCUGUUGCUAAGACCUGCGAAUAAAGUUUUCCAAUAUAUCCCUUAGUUAUCCGUAAUUCCUCACUGGCCGAGGGGGUCCUCAGGGCUCUCAUUAACGUAACCUUACUGACGAGCCCUGUCGCUGUCAAUAUUGUUCGUCAUCAUCGCACUCGACUUCAACGAGCCCUCCCAUACUUUUAUUGCUAUAAUCUUGCUGGGGAUUUCUUCAACUUGCCUAGGAGUUUUCUACGACUUAGGGCAUUCUGCGUACCUGUUGAGAACGCCACAUCGUUUGCGUCACUGGUCCUUUUGGGUAUUUCGCAUGGGUCUGCGCUAGAAACGGUGUUAGUCGUUUUUUAUCACAGCGACUAAAACGUGUACCUCCAACAGUUUCCUGGUGCCAGUUACCCCCCCCCCCUAUGCACUUUUCUGCAAGACGACCUGAUUACAAUUAGUACAUGAAUUUGCAGACGAGCAGUUAUAUUGAGCUCUCAGGGUUAUCAGUUCUUUAUAUGGCCUGGAUCCAAAACUGAAAAUGCGCAUGGACACAGCCGUAGACUACACAGUCAUACCAGCUGAAUCAUCUUCGGACCUAGGAGUUUUAAAAUCUUUAAUACAACUAAAAAAAUUGCCCACGAUCUGCGAGGACGUGCAAAUAGCCUUUAUUUAUAGAGGCAUCAAAAACACUUUCUAUCAGCACUUCAACAUCGUAGAGGGUUUUUUGGCCACAUCUCGGCUGCUUGUCUUCAGCCCGCUGUGCCGUACAAAGAAGGUAAUAUUUCUUAAAUGUGGUUCUUCCUCCUUGUCAAACUGAAUCUCUUAGGAGACCUGCACAAGUUCUACCCGCGCGUCAACACUGACAAUACAGACGGACGUUUCACAGUGCUGCACCAACUAGCGAGGAAGCACGUUUAGACCACACUUGCAUGCUAUUUGAAGGUGUCAAUUAUGCACAGAACUCGAGUUGAUUAGCCAGAGUUUAAGCUUGCUUAGGCUUAGAUUUUUCUCUCGCAUUGCGUGCGUGGCCUAGUGCUGCUGAUACUUAUACGCAGUAGCCUCCUGCUGGGUAAAACCCUUUUGUUUUUUUUUCGGUUUUCUAUCCAAAUUAGUGACAUGCGUGACUAUCAGCAUACUUUCUGCUGCCGACUCAAUGCCUUUGGCUUUCUGGAAGAUAUUCAAUAAGGAGUGCUACCACUUUAGUAAAUUUUCGGUAGAAACAAGUUUUCUCGAAACUUUAAUUUGUCUUGCCCCCCUCGAUCCUGACGCCGGUUUCCUUGUCGUCUGUUAAAUGCUGCAGUGUUAUUACCCGUAUUAAUUUAAACUGCAUGUGCAUACACUGGGCGUACUUUAUAUCAGCCGUAUUCUCUUGUCAGCAUCGCUUUGCUAGCAUCUUCGAGGCCUUGUUACCCAUAGAACAUUCGAUGCUGCACUAGCUGGUCUUCGUUUUCAAAAGUGAGGUCUAGAAAGUGGAGAAUCGACAGUCUACACUGUUUGAGCUGCAAUCCCGCUUCAGCGGUAGUCAUCCCCUCAUGCCUCGACCUCUUUGAUAUUGUUGCCUGCCUUUGCUGCUUCUCGAUUAUCCCAGUUUGUUGAUUUAUAUUGUUUUUUUUGUAUUACAGGAGGCUUUGCCUGUUCUUCGUUCGACAGCAUACGCAAUAUCAACCAAACUUAUAUCUUCUCGCGGACGCUGCUUGUCGAAAUUUGCUUCCACUGUCUCCAAGAUGACAGAAAUGACUGUUAGAGAAGGUUCCGCUGAAGUAAAACUCCCCAACGGCGUUUUCUAUAACCCGGUGCAGGAGUUUAACAGGGACAUCACUAUAGCUGUUAUUAGAAAUUACUUAAAGUUGCAUUUAUGUGAAUUUAUUGACAAGGGAAUGAAGAUCGCCGCCUCUAAAAGUGCGUCACCCGAACCCACCACCUACGUUGGCAUAUCUAUCUUGGAGGCCUUGGCGGCGUCUGGUCUGCGAUCUGUAAGAUUUGCGAACGAGAUUCCAUUGGUGUGCAGAAUAACAGCAAACGACUUGGAUCCAGAAGCCACAAAAUUGAUUUCCGAGAACGCUGA